AUGGUGGAAAGAUAUGGGCAAGUAACUGUGGUGCACCGGUUUUUGCUCGCUUUUAGCAGCACCGGUUUGUGGCACGAACCACGUGACCACAUCACCGACAAUUCGUUUGAAAUGCCAGACCAGACGCUCGACGUCAUAUUGCAAGGAGAGCGAUCCCGUUUAUGGCGCAAGACGCGCUCGAAGACGAAGAAGAAGGGCUGCUUCGGAGUGGACGGCAACCGCAACUUUGACAUCCACUGGAACGGUAUCGGCGGAAGCACUGAUCCAUGCUCUGAAACAUACGUGGGGCCGCGGCCUUUCUCUGAACCUGAGACUGCAGCAUUACGUGACUAUGUCAUGAAGCAACUGACUAAAUCGGGUUCCAGAAUCAAGUUGUAUCUCACCUUCCAUUCCUAUGCCAGCUGCAUUCUUUAUCCUUGGGGCUACACGUGGAGUCAAGCGCCAAACGCAAACACAAUG